GGGUUUAUGGGUAACUCGUGUGCCCUUGCUUUCGGCCCGCUGACUGAAUGACUGAGUGAUCGCGCAGGUCGGGGAUCUGCAGUUCUUACAUCGGUUCUCUCCUGAAUUUACCUUAAUACAGAAUAAAAAGACAAAAUGAUGGCAGCAAGGUUCCUCCUGCGCCGCGCGGCUCCUGCUCUUAAACAGGUUCGCUUCUACGCUGAGCCGGCCUCCGCUACUGCCCAGAUGUCCUUCACCUUCUCCUCGCCUACUGAGGUGUUCUAUAAUUCAGCCAGUGUGAAACAGGUAGAUGUCCCAACACUGACUGGUGCCUUUGGUAUCCUUCCAGCUCACGUCCCUACCCUGCAGGUGCUGCGGCCUGGUGUGGUCACCGUCUUUAAUGAGGAUGGCUCCUCAGCCAAGUAUUUUGUGAGCAGUGGUUCAGUCACAGUCAAUGCUGACUCUUCAGUGCAGCUGCUUGCAGAGGAGGCUGUUACUUUGGAAAACCUGGACGUUGCUGCAGCUAAAACUAACUUGGAGAAGGCUCAGUCCGAGCUGGCCAGCGCUUCAGACGAGGCUUCUAGGGCAGAAGCUCAGAUCAGCAUAGAGGCAAACGAGGCCAUUAUCAAAGCUCUGGAGUAAAGCUGCCAUCUGCUUUUUGGUCAGAAGUUUUGUUGAUUUUUCCCCCAGUCGAAGUCAAGUCAGUAACUACAAGUCAAGCCAAUUGCUUUGUACAGUGGAUGAACAUACCAAUAAAUUUAUUUGGACGUAA